AUGGUUCAAGCCGUAGCGUUAUGGGGCUGUAAAGUUGAGCCAGGAAAACGUGUUCCCGCUCAUGAUGAUGAGGAUACAGCUGGUGCAUUUCGUUUAACUAUGGCUGCCAUUGAUUCAUCUGAUAAAUCUUCUAAAUCUUCUACCAUAAAAGUUAUUCGUAGACCAAGGUUCCAUGGCGAUGAUGAUAACAUUGAUGAUAGUGAUGAUAUUUCUGAAUCUGAUCUUAAAGAGCUUGAAGUUGAGUUUGUACUUUGUACCUUAAAGCAUGGCGAUCAAUAUCAACAAAGUUUGGAUUUGACAUUUAGUGCGGAUGAAGAAGUGUUUUUUACUACUAGUGGAGAUUGUCCUGUAUAUCUUACAGGUAAUCAUGUUAUUCUUUCGGACUUUGAUGAUGAUUAUGAUAUUUCUUCUAAUGAGGAUGAGCUUUUUGAUAAAUAUUCAGAUGAUCUUGAUGCUAAUGAUUCUGAAUCUGAUGAAUUAGGUGAUGAUAGUCCUAAAAUUGAAGAACUUUCAUCGUCUGAAAGUAAAGCUUCUGAUUCAGAAAAAAAGAGAAAUUUAUUAGACAAUGGUUUAGAUGGUCUAGAUAAUUUAGAUAGUGUGAUAAGAAAUAAUGGCAAUAAACAGGAUAUUUCUAAAAAAAGAAUUUUAGACAGUGGUGAUGUCGAUAUUUCAAAGCUUACUAAAAAACAAAGAAAAAAAUUUAAACAUAAUUCUGAUAAAUCUUCUUUUUCUGAGGAAAAAAGUGAAUCGAAUAUUUUCUCGAAAAAUAAUGAUUCGGAAUCUCGUAAUUUUCAGAAUUCUAAACCUAGUGUUACCUUUGCUAAGGAUCUUGAUCAGUAUUCUACUAAAACAUCUAAAUCUAAAACAUUAGAAGGAGGUGUGGUUAUUGAGGACAAAGUAGUUGGCAAAGGCCCUCAGGUGAAAGAUGGAUGCAGGGUUGGGGUGCGUUAUAUUGGGAAACUUUUAAAUGGAAAGCAGUUCGAUUCUAAUACUAAGGGGAAGCCUUUUUCUUUUGUUGUAGGAAGUGGUGAAGUUAUUAAAGGAUGGGAUGUUGGUAUAAAAGGGAUGUCAUUGGGUGGUCAAAGACGUAUUACAGUUCCCUGUUCUAUGGCCUAUGGAAAAAAGGCGCUUUCAGGCAUUCCAGCUGGUUCUGAUCUUGUUUUUGAGGUCAAACUUGUAAAGAUGAAUUAA